CAUUUUCCAGUUGGCAGCUGCCAGACGUACGUGAACAGCGAUUCGGAGGGUUUCGUGGAGAGCAACGUGGGUAGCUAGCUAGCUCUGUCAGGCCUGCUGGACUGAAGUCUGAAGACAGGUACAAGGGUCAGUGACUGAUCGCACUAGCUGCAACCAGCUCCCGGAUUUGCUCAAUCUCUGCAGUACAAACCAACAACAGUUGCACCAGAAACCAGACAGAUCUCUUUGGAAUGUUCCAGUGAGGUUUUAGCUAUCAACAUGUCUGUCAACAAGAAAAGAGAAGAUAGGGAGUCAAGGUUUAAACACUUUGGUGAGAACUUCCGUGCCAAGCUAAUUGGUAUCGACACAGUGGAAGAUGCCAGGGGUGACAACAUGUGCUUAACCUCCAUGGGAAAACUCAAGUCCAUUGUAAAAGCUGCUGGGGAACACAAACAGCAGAUCAUCAUCAACGUGUCAUUAGAAGGCAUCAAGAUUAUUGACCUGAAGACACUGACCAACCUACACACACAUGAGGUCAUCAAGAUUUCCUUCAUCUCCAGAGACCCAAGCGACAAACGAGCGUUUGGUUAUGUCUACGGCGAAGCUGGAAACCACAAAUUCUUUGCAAUUAAAACACAGAAUCAGGCUGAUGAACUGGUGUUGGCUCUGAAAGACCUGUUCGAGAUUGUGCUGGCCAAUAAAAAGAAGGAAGUAGCUGAUCAGCAGAAACGGAUGGAGGAGACCACGGUGUACCUGCAGCCAAGCUAUGACAACCCGCUGGGCUCCCCAACCUCCAAGGCGCCUGCUGAGAAUGUCUACUCGGAAUCCCCGGCUGCCCAACCUGCUCCGGCUGGGGAAAGCCUGGUCACCUUGCAGAACCAAGUCAGCAGUCUUCAAAUGGGUAUCACAGCCAUGGAGCAGCUAGACCUUAAUUCAGCCGAACCAGACCCAUUCAAUCCCAAUGCAGUGACUGCUACCACUCCCACGAAUGACCCCUUUGCUCCGGCGGCGUCAGGCCCCCCUCAGCAGCCACCUCCCCCACUACGCCCUCCACAGGCGGUCCCACGAGCAGCCCCAAGACAGCCACCACCUGCUGCUGCUGCUGUACCAGCACCGGCCCCAGCACCGGCCCUAGCACCGGCCCCAGCACCGACCCAACCAUCUGCAGAUCUGUUUGGCGAAGCACCGGCUCCUGUUGCCACAGGGCAAUCUAAACCUUCAGAUGACCUCUUCAAAGAGUUUAAGGACACCUUCACUGCCCCACCACAACCCGCUGCAGCAUCCACAAAUCCCUUCGGCGGUGGCGGUAUGGGUGGCGGUGGGAUGGGAGGUGGCUUUGGUAUGGCUCAGCCCGGCAUGGCUCAGCCUGGCAUGGCUCAGUCCGGCAUGGGCGGGUUCCAACAGCAGCAGCCAGCAUUUGGCCAGAUGUCCAUGGGAAUGGGUCAGGCUCCCAUGGGAAUGGGCCAGGCUCCAAUGGGAAUGGGCCAAGCUCCUAUGGGAAUGGGUCAGAUGGGCAUGGCCCCCAUGGGAAUGCAGCAGCAGCAGCAGCAGCAGCAACAGCAGCGCCAAGAUUUGUUUGGUGGGACCCCACAGGCCCCGUCCAACUCCUUCGAUGCCUUCACCUUACAGCCCCAGCAGGUUCAUCCGAAGCCAACAGAGAAAAAUGGAGGGCCAGCGAGAAAACCCGACCCCUUUGGGGAUAUCGCCGUUUUGGGAUCGGGCCCUGCAGAUACUAAAGAUCCCAAAAAGAAGGACCCAUUUGCCGGCUUCAAAAUGGCUAAGCCGGGCGAAGUCGGCGUGCCAGAAUUCAGCCAGUCUGGAAGCAUCCCCAGUAACGGAGCCGCUUCCGGUAAUGCAACUUCUCUGUCUCUUGAUUUAGUAAAGGCACAUGACAUCACGGAGGACUUUACCCUCCCCUCACCGCAGGGCCCACCACCACCAUUACCAGCAACCAUCUUAAGUCAGCACAUUGGUAUCAGUUUGAAUCUGGACAAUGUCGGGGACAUUCCCCCACCUCCUCCUAGGAGGUCAAGGGGAAGUGCACCCUCAGAAGGCUCACCACUCCCUGUCCCUCCACGCAAUAAGCUGCAAUCCCCUGUGUCCCCUAGCUUAUCCACAGACUCUCAAGAGUCUGAGGGUGCUUUAAGGACUACCCCAGACAGUGCUAACAGCAGGCUAACAUCCCCCUCGCUAACCAGAAACCCUUCCUCAUCACCUUCAAACUUGGCUUCCUUGGGCAUUGAUACCAGUAACAUGCUUGGCAGAGAUGCUGGCAUGACCAACUCAACAUCAGACCUCACCUCAAGUCAUUCAAAUAGCACCGGGGACCUUUCCUCACCAGUUAGAGGGCUGAGCUCUCCCACAGAACAGGGGGAGCCACAGAGAGCACAGCCCAUCCCUAAAACACAAACUGACUCUGCCAGCUCAUUAUCAACCUCAUUACACACAGACGCUGUGCUGUCCAACAGACAGCCAUCACCAUCAUCUCAUCAAACACCAUCAUUGUCGGGUCCGUUGCAUGUCACCAGCAGCAAGCCCAUAGACUCGACAAGACCGUCACCAUUCUCAGGGGGCGACAACUCACUGGAUGUACUGUCAAGCUCAGCACCUGUGUCAGACUCAUUUUUUGCGCACCGUCGUGCCCACGCUUCCAUGACAUCCUCCUCCUCAAAUCCUUCGCUCAGCAAACUCACCGUGCCAAUUCUUCCCGUCACUGAUGACCCUUUUGCAGACGACCCAUUUUUGCGUGGCUCGCCAACAGUCAAGAAAGUCUUUGUCAUGCCGCAAAAACCUGAUCCUCACGCUGCUAUCCCAUCAGUCCCAACAUGCACUAGCGACUCAUUCACAACGUCAUUUUCAUCAACUUCAUUUUCAUCAUCCUUGCCGCAAAGUACUGUCACUACCACCACUAACACAACCAACAACUCCAAUGGUAGUAAUUGUAUUUCUGAUGUACGGACAGAUCCGUUUGCAAUCGGAGGUGUCGGAGGCCAGACUGCACCCAAAGCUGCCAGUGGACAACCUCUGUUUGAUGACUCCCCGUUCGGUGCCUUUGAUUUCAGCAAUCCUGACAAAAACUGAGUUGUAAGUAUUGAAUCUACUCUGGAAGUGUUGUGUCUCUUCCAAACCUUGGUUUUAGAAGGAGAUGCUCUUUUUUUUAAUACAUAUACUUAAGGAAGAUCCAAUCCAAUAAUUGUUUUUUUUAACAACAAAGUGUAAUACUGCUAAGCCAAGAAAGUUUCUUUGAAGCUGGGUAUGGAAUAUCACACAGAAAUAGGCAUACAUUAGGUUUUUUUUUUACAGAUGGAUAAUUGUGAUAAUUGUGUAAUUGUGUACAGACAAGCAUGUUGAGGUAUGUAUGGCAAGUUCAGUCAGCCAGAGUUUAACCAAAGAAUCACCUGAAUCACCCAAGCUGUUUACUCCCAGAAAACUGGUUAAAGCCAGUAUCAUCACAUUUUUAUAAAUUUCCAGGAAUUAUCUGAAAAGUUUGUCAUCAAAACUGAUGUUUUACCCCUCCUCCUUUUUAUCUGGAACCAAGCCAGAUAACUGCUGCAAACCCUGUAAACUUUGCAGAGGAAACUGAAGAAACAAAUUAUAGAACCACACAAUGAUUAUCUUUUACAGAUUUAGCCAAGAAUAUUUGGACAUCUGUAUCAUGGACAAUAUUGCUGUGCAGAGGAUCCACUCAAAUGUAACACAAUGUAUGUACUUUGGAAGCAUAAUUCCCGGUAAAGGAUGUGCAUAAGACAUUUAGGAUCUUGAGGUUCACUCUUAACUAUUAUUAAAGCCAAAUUUACUUCCUUUUUUGGACAGUGUAUAUGAAGUAAGUAGGAUUUUCUUUUGAUAGAGUGAUAUUGGAUAAUAUGCCAGAAUGUGGACUGCCAAGCAAAUGAUCAGUAUUCCUAGGUUGGAUUUUAUCUCUGUUUGCUGGCAACAGAUUUCUCUGACCGUUUGGCCGUCAAAAUUCUGAUUGUACACAUUCCAGCCAUACUGUAAAUGCUGGAAUAGGUCAACCAGAAUUGUAGACAAGUCCAAAACAGUGCAAACAAAACCAUUCGUGCAAGGUGGUUAAUAUAUUUAGUUGGCGAUAACUAAAACCAUCCAUCGAAGUGUAUUUGGUGAUAACUUUUGAAUUUGUUAAUUGUUUUUUUACAAUAAUUAUAAGCAUGAUACUGAUUAUUAAAAAACCACAAAAGUCUUAAAUAUAAUGAUAUAACAAAUUGGUGCUUUGAUUUGCAUUAAAGUGUAGAAAACAUUUAAAAUGAUAUGUAUACAAAAUCAAAAGGCAGAAGAGGUGAAUCAAAACAUUGAAGAAUCUUGUUGAUUGCAAAAAGAGGCUACUGUUUUAAGUAAAUCAUAAUUGUAGCAUCCCUGUGUCAUGGAUGGAAUUUUAGUAAAAUCAAGGCACAUGAGAGUCAAGUAACAUUUUCAGUUACAUGUAUGUUAUUCCGAGUUGUAAUCAAAGUCAUCACAAGUUGUUACAACUCACUCGUAAAUCAUCCUGUCUCAAAUCAAGUGAAAGGCUAUUCAAAUGAGCCCAUCCCCUUUUACUUGUCAUCUGAACUGAUUUGACUUGUAAUUCAUCCAAUGGAUGGAUUUACAUGUACAACACAGUGUGGUUCUGAGUGGAAAAUUUCACAUUUCAAACAGCUUGCAGCCGUGGCCCUGAUCAAAGGAAGUAGUCUGGGCCCAAGACACGAGUGAUCAAUAGUGGAUCGUGCAUAUCUUACGGCAUUUUUAGACCAGCGCACUUGCUCCCACUAACGUCUUGGGAAUCCUGUAGUAGCCGUUUAACUUUUUCUUUAUUUUCUCCCUAGGCUCACCUAGGGAACCAAUCAGCGAUUGCGAAAUGGUUUAUAGUCAGCGCGCGACGGUUGUAAACAUACGCACUACGUGCAGUGAUCAACGCAGUGAUAUCCCCGCACGAGCUACUAACAGUAUCAAAUGGGAAGCCGCUGUUUUGUUCGAAGAUAUUCAUAUUUACAACAAUAGUCUAAUUUACAUAAAAUGGCCACGCCCCCAUUACUGCAAGAUUCCCAAGACGAUAGUGCAUGAAAGUAAAAAACAAAAAACAAUUGUGCAAAGGCGCUCUACAGCAGUGCAACUUUCGCGAUCGAUCACUGAGGUCUUGGGCCAAGAUUACCAAGAAAGCUACUCAAGUUGGAACAGCAAAUUACGCGCAUCAAGUUACCACAAAUCCUGUGGUGUUUUUGCCUUUGUACUUUUCAUUUCCGCAUGUCUUAUGGGCUAUGAUUAGGUCUAUUAUAUAUCUCAGGACAAUCUUAAAAUGAUGUUUGGUAAUUUGUCAAAAUGAAUAUUGACACUUCAAAUCUAAAUGUAAUUUUCAUUUCCCUGCCAUUGUUGAACAAAUAUACUGCCAUUAAAGAAAUUAAAAUUAAAAGAUUAGGUUAAUAUUCAAGUUCAGUUUUUAAGUACAACUUACAUAUAAAAGUGCGGAUACAAUGUGUGCUGUAUGUGGCCUGGCUACCAUUAAACAAGUAAUUGUUAGCUUAAGGCUACUGUGGCAAGCUAAGUGUUUUUUGUUUUGUCAUUGAUCCGUCCAGGCUAACAAUUCCAAUUAACUAUAACUCCAAGAAAAAGCAAAUCUGCUCGGGUACAAAUAUUCACCUCAGUUGUACAUGUAUCAUCACCUUAAAUUUGUUUGAAAUUCCUGAACAUGUGUGCUGCUUUAAUCUAACGCAAGAACCGUAUGUAGCUUUGCAAGUGUUCAACAUACUCCGUGCAGUUUUAAGUAGAUGACAGGGACCGUGCACAAGAGCUCCAAUAUGAGUGGAGGACACACAGCAGUGACAGCAGGCCAGCCACUGAUCUCUAUGGGCUCUGUGCGCGAACUAGAGAGAGGGCGCUUUUUUACUACCUUUGAGAGCCUUGUGGAUGAGACGCAGCGCAUUGCGUGUACUGGUUGGCACGCAUAUGGCGCGAUGUACGCACCACUGAAUGUGCGCAAAGCAUAGCAUUUCGCGUGAGCAUUUGGCGUUGUUGGCAAUGCGUUUGAAGUGGUCUCCCCCAACUCUCCCUUCCUCACCAUUGAGGGGGUACUAGUGCACACGGAGCCCAUAUACUAACUUGAUUGCUCAAUAGCCCACUACCAUGCCAGAAGAAGACAACUUUUAGUGUGAGUCAGAUGUUGAGCCUACAGUGGCCGCCUGUCUUUGAAAGCUGUGCUGGGGAUGUGUUAUUGUGAGACAUUGUUCGAACUUAUGUUUACACAGAAUCAAAUUAACGUGGCCAUUAAAAGACUUAUAAGAAAAUAAAUGUGGAUAUUAAUUCGAUCUGAUGUGGAAAUCAAUCUGAUAUCUCCAUAUGUUCAAAUAAUGUUCUACAUUAUUUCUCUUGAUCAUGGCUUUCAAUAGCUGUUGUAUGUAUGUUCCGAACAUUCAUACAUGUAUUGCACGAAUGGUGCAUCAAGAUUUGUCACACCAUUUUGUUUGCCUACAAGUUUAGGCCUCUCAAGAUGGCGUCCAAAUUACUUCAGCUUGUGUUCUCUAUGCACUAUCAAGCAAAGACAUCAGUGUUGCUGAGUUGGCACCACUAAUUUGCAUCUAAUUAUUAACCCCAAGCUGAAAUUGAAUCCCACAAAAUCAUUUCAGAGAGAGAGUUCAAGCUGGUUUCAAACUUACAAGGUCAUGCUUGCGAUUGUAUGUUCCUGAUGGAUAGGGAGGCUUUUAUUUCAUGUUAAUCUGAUUUUAAUUGCAUGAAGCAAGUUAAACCCUCCUGCUGUUUGAACAGUCACAGACAGUCAAAAAAUAUAUCCUCUUCCCCUGCCAUGCCUUUUACACAGGCUAGUCACCAAUAGUCGGACAUAUUUAAGGCAAGCACUGUGACCAGUCAAAUUCAGUCAACAGACAGAAGUAGGCAAGAAUUAGGCACAGCUGGCUUAUCAAUCACUUACAGUCAAAGCAUAGCUGUAUCAAGUUACAUAAACAGUCACAGCCAGUCAAUCUUGCUUUAUGUAGGCUGGAGCUCUUAACUGUUGAAAACUGUCACUUGAUUGAUUUCGACUGAAAGGACAACUUCACACAGAAUUUAUAUUUGCAAAGAAGGGUUACUCUUCACAUGUAUUGUUUUAAAAACUUCAUUCUCCAGCCCGUCCUGUUUCAUUUAGUUCACUUAAACUUGACCUUUCGAAAGUUAUUAAUGAAUCUGAAUUUUGCAUGUGUAUCAUUGCUUUGUGCUGCCGCAUUUCUUUUGCCCAUUUUGACUUAAAAUUUUUAAAUUUCAUGUCUUCCAAUCUUACCCACGUUUGUACCAACUUCUCAUUAAAAUAUGAUUGUAACACUUAUGGAUGUUUUUAUAAGCUUUUUUUUAUUGCCCCUGGCUUUGUUGAAUUUUAUCUCCACUGACGUUAAUGCUUACCUUUUUAUUAAUUGGACAAGCUACAUGUAUUAAUAAAAUAUUGUAUACUAUAUUAUGUAGGUAUAGAUAAGCAGUUCAUGUGUUACUUCAAAAUCUGGUCAUUUUUAAAGGUUAGUUUUUCUUCCAAGUACUUUUUUAAAUGGGGUUUUAAAACUCAAGCGGAAAUGUGUUCUUCCAUCAGGUUUUUUUCUUCAGUGUUGUUAUACAUUUACAUGUACAGACAGACAACUUGUUGGAGAGAGGGUGCAUUUUUGAGUCACCCUUGUCCAAAAGGCCCCCCCCCCAUACACCCCUACCUACCCCUCCCACAUCAGAGAAUAUUUGUGUUCAUGUACUACACAACACUGCUGUGAUAAUGAACAUUUUCAUUUUGGUAUCCAACAUUGUCUUGAUCACAUUACAACAUCUCCACUGUACUGGAUAUUUUACAUAGAUCCCAAGUGUAAUGGUAUACAAAAAAUGAAUGUUUUGGAGUGCAAUAGUAAGAACAAUUUCUAGAGGUGACAGAUGGAAUGUUCCAUUCCACGAGGCGAGUUCAAGUGGAAUGUUCCAUUCCACGAGGCGAGGCCGAGUGGAAUGGAACAUUCCAUCUGGCACCGAAUUAAAUUCUUCUUUCCAUGGCACGAAUGUGAAACAUUCAUUAUUUGUUUUUACCACAACUGAAUAAAUCCUUGUCAUCUGAUUGGUCAGAGCCGCAUCAUGUGACCGUGCAAUGGAAGUUCUAUUAAAACUGUCAGUGUUGCUUUGUAGUUGUACAACUUGGGCGGGGGUGGGGGGGGGGGGAUUUGAGAAAGUUUGUGCAUAAUGUAACUUUUAUCACCAAUUUUCACACACUUUAAACUUUUAUCAGAAUUGAAUUAAAGAACUUGUUUCUGGUGAACUUAUGCUGUGGGAUGCUUAAAAAAGAAUGUAACAUACAUGUAUGUUUGUGCCUUCCUGAAGUUCGCACUGGUUUAAAGCAGUUUAUCAUCACUGGAAUUAUGAUCUUUAAUGAUCUUUAUGAAUAUCAAGUUGUAUGCUUUUCAGCAUUGAUAUAUUGCCACCAGGUAACCUACAGCUUCUCAUUUUAAUUUGGAUCACAUUGUUGUCUUAUGGAACAAGAUUUUAGCUGCAUACUUGGCUGCAGUUAAAAGGCAUGUUGAUGUAUUGGUAACGUAAAUAAUGCUAAAUCGUAUAUGACCACAGUGAUAUUUUUGGGGAAGUGGACAUUUUUAUAAUCUACAAAACUUUAUCGUGAAGGAAUGUAAGACGCCACAUCAGUGGUUGUGUACAAAGUCUGUGGAGAUUCAAGAAAAUUUUCCAAGUAUUUCCCAAUAAAAUUUGAAAUAUUUCUCAGUCCCAGAUUCAUGUCUUUUCAACUUUUUUUGCAUUAACUGACCUUUAUUGAAAUGAUAUAUGCAGAAAAAUUGGUGUCAGGUUGCAACAUUCUUUCCCUUUAUCUUGUUGAAAGAUGUGCUCAGUUUCAUAACAUUUUGGCUGCAUACAACACUUUAAAUGAUCACUUCGUAGUCAGAACGUUUGCCAAUUGCUUAGAAUGACUUUCAGUAUUAUGAAUCUUUACAAGGUUUUGUCUUCUAUUCUUCCAUGAAAACAGCUACCAGAUUUGUAUGAUAAAUGUGAGGCAUUAUGGCGAAAUGAGACGAAACUGGGCAUAGGCCUCAUUGGAGAAAAAGAACAAUGGGGGUAAAAAUUUUUUUUUUUUCGAUUUUGAGAUUUAUUGAUAUAUUUGAUAUUUGAUGUCUACUACACCUAUUUUAAAGAAAGAAAUCAUGGAAUGAUUUUUUUGUUUUAAAGAAAUACAAUUGGCAUUUUCCAUGUUCACGAAUACAAACCUCGAUACUUUAAAGGCCUUUUUCUCAGUAUUUUACUUUUUUGACAUGUCGAUAAAUGUGAAAUUUAAACUGCCAUAACUUGUCAAUGGAAUGUCUGAUUGAAGUGCAACAAACCUUUUUUGUAAGGAAAAUUAUGUUCUUUCCUAGCACCCGCAAACCCUCAUUUCGACAUCUGCCCAUCAGUUCUGUCUCAUUUUGCCAGAAUGCCUCACAAAUGUCACAAGAAAUAUGCAAAUAAACCCUAUUUAUGCAGAUCAUGGAAUUACAUGAUUAACAACACAAUAGGACAAACUCUUCAAAUAUUUUUUUUUUCAAUGCAAAUAUCCAUACUUGUUUUCUCAACACCGAAAAUUUGAUAUUAAUUCUGAAGCAAGUUUAUAACAAGAAUCUCCUGAACAUCCCAUUUCAUAUCUUUUGACACCUAGUAGAGAAUAAUAUAAUAUAGCAUUGACUUUCUUGAAACUUGUUGCAUGAACUAGUCUUUGCAUUAAGUGUUUUUUUCCCCCAAAUAAUGUUUGUGCCAGAAGAAGGUUGGUGUAUAAUUUAAGUAUUCAUCUAGAAUUGGGACAGUGGGGACAUUGUGAAAGAAACUAAUAUCCAACAUAUGCAUUGAUGAUUACCACAUUUUUAUUGUAAUUACUGCCUUGAAUUAAUGUUGUUUUUUGUGACCAAUUACAUAGUAUUUGCAAUAACCGUUAUUGUAAUAUUUAACCCUAUAUUGAAACUUUGUAGUUUUAGUGUUUUUGUUUAAAUAAAUUGCCUUCUAUUGAUGUUUUUUUUUUACAUUUAUCAUCAUAAUUCAAAUAAUGUACCAUAUUAUCAAUGACGCAAUUGUUCUUUUACUAUACUUUGCCAAAUGCCUAUUUGAUGCAUGAUAUGUUUAAUGCUCAAUGAAUGUAAGAUAAGUAUAUAAAAAUAUUUCAAAUGUUACUUUCAUAUUCACAAAAUCUAUUUUCAAAAUAUUUGGUAAAAAUUAAAAUGAAAAUAAUGCAAAAUA